AUGAGCUCCGCUUAUUGUUUAGAGGUGAAAUCAUGUUCUCUCCCAUCUGUUUUACAUGAAGAAUGUUAUCCUAGUACACAUGACCACUAUUAUCCAUUGAAGCACUGGCCAGACUCUGUUUUGAUAGUUGGUUCUGUGAAUGGAUUGGUUUGUAUAGCUUCAGAAGAAGAAGGUUCUGUAUUUUUAUGGAACCCGUCUAUUAGGAAAUCAAAGAGACUGCCCGAUUGUGGCUUAGGCUUAAAAGAGCGUUUAGAUCGAGACAUUGUAUAUGGGUUUGGCUAUGACGAGACUAGUUCUGAUUACAAGGUGAUUCGCAUUAAAUCUACUGAAGUAAAUAUUUAUGGGUUAAAGAGUGAUUCGUGGAGGAAGAUUGGAAUUUUCCCUAAAGGCUUUCCCAUGGAUACUCAGUGCACCUUUGUGAGUGGAUCACUUCAUUGGGCUCCAACUGGGGAAGAUGAGUUAGACUAUUAUUGGAAUACUUGGAAUUCUAUAGUCUCAUUCGAUUUGUCAAAAGAAACGUAUUCUGAAUUCUCGCAACCCUGCUAUGGUAAGGGUGCUUUAGAAUCAAAGCUAGGAGUUUUAUAUGACAGCCUCAGUCUACUAUGUAACAUUGGUGAUGAACACAUUGGUUAUGAACGAGCCGAUGUAUGGGUGAUGAAGGAGUAUGGAAAAGUAGAGUCUUGGUCUAAGUUGUUUUCAAUACGGUAUUCUAGUCAUCCAGAGGUUUUCCUGCAUCAUGUUCCCUUGUGUAUUUCUUUUAGGAAAACUGAAGUCCUUUUGCUGUUUGGAGCGCGUUUGGUGUUGUAUAAUAUGGACAAUCAUACGGUUAGGCCUACCAACAUUCAAGAUUGUCUUCAAAAAUACUAUCGUAAAGCAUACAUUUAUAUUGAGAGCCUAGUCUCGCCUUAUCCUGAAUGA